AUGUCGUUGGAGAAACUCACUACGGAAUUAACAGCCCAUUUUAAGCAAAACGAGUACCAAACAUGUGUGAAGCUGCUUACACCGAUUAGAGUGGAAUUAGUGAAGAAUGGGCUUUUAGUGCCAACUAUAGACGCACGCAUUAAUCCAAAUGACAUGGUGAUCACGAGAUCGAUCCUCGAGAUCGGCGCUUUGGCAUCGAUAAACACGAAGAAUGCAUCCGAAUUCUCCAAUUACAUAACUUUACUCAAGCCUUUCUACAACUUACCCGAGGAGGUCAUCCCUACAUCUGCAAACAGAAACAAGCUCCUUAGUCUUUACCUCUUGCUUUUAUUGACACAGGACGGGCUUGCCUCUUUUCAUGUUGAACUUGAAAAGUUCCAGAACUUUGGACAGUCGGUCGAUGAGAUGGAGAAAGACGAAUUUCUACAGGUGCCGAUCAAAUUUGAGAAAUGGAUCAUCGAUGGCGACUUUAACAAAGUGUAUGAGGCCCUUUCUUUGAAGCACAAGUUCCCAUGCAAGGAGUUCAACUUUUUCGAGUCGGAUCUUUUGAGUUCUAUCCAGUUAAACAUCGCCGAAAGUCUUCAGUCAGCCUACAAGAAUCUUCCACUUGAAAAUUUGAAGAUGCUUCUUUUCCUCAAGUCCAACGAGGAGGCCAACAGUUUCAUCACAGAAUUUGGCUGGACGCUUCACAAUGGAACUGUGUACUUUGCCAAAAAGCAGAAAGUGCUCGAGGAGGAGAUUACAGAUGAAAAACUCAUCAUCAAGAAUGCGUUGGGUUACGCUAGAGAGAUGGAGAGCAUCAUAUGA